AUGGCACCGAAAGUUUAUUCAUAUACAGAAUCAAUUGAUGUUGCUAAUGCUGUUGGCAAUUACAUUGUAGCAUUGCAAGAUGAAGCAUUGAAAUCGUCUUCAAAAUUUAAAAUCGCCUUAUCGGGAGGCUCAUUGGGAAAGGUAUUAAAGAAGGCAUUGAUUGACAAUAGUGAAUUAGCAACUAGAGUGAAAUGGGACUCCUGGGAUGUUUACUUCAGUGAUGAAAGGUUGGUACCAUUGAAUCACCCAGAUUCAAAUUAUGGACUAUUCAAUGAGAUGGUGCUCUCGAAUUUGCCUUCUGGAGUGAGGAAGCCAAAAGUGAACACGAUCGAUGAAAGUUUACUUACAGGUAAAGAUGGACAAGUGGAAGGUGCCGAUAAGACUAAAGAUUCGGAAAUUGCAAAGAUAUAUGAAAAAAGUUUACCUGAAGGAGCAAAAUUUGAUUUAAUUUUAUUAGGAUGUGGACCAGAUGGCCACACUUGCUCUUUAUUUCCACAUCAUCCUUUAUUAAAGGAGAGAUCGGAACUUAUUAGCUAUAUCAGUGAUUCUCCAAAGCCCCCUCCAAGAAGAAUUACAUUCACAUUCCCCGUAUUAGAGAAUGCUACAUCAAUUGCUUUCGUUGCGGAGGGGUCAGGAAAGGCUCCUAUUUUGAAAGAAAUAUUCAAUGAUCCUAGCAGUCAAUUGCCCUCAAAAUUGGUAUCUGGUUUGAAAACCGGUGUCAAUAUAAGCUGGUUUGUGGAUGAUAAUGCAAUCAAGGGGGUUGAUAUAAUCACCUCAAAGUAUUAA